GAAGCUUCUGCAAAGGGGCGGCGGGGUGGGGGGCCGGACCCGUAUAUAGCCGGGGGGGGGCGAGCCGGGCCGGAGCGUAGCCACAGCUGGGGCGCACGGAGCCAAGCCAAGAUGUCGAAGGGCCAAGCUGUCGGCAUUGACCUGGGCACCACCUACUCCUGCGUGGGGGUUUUCCAGCAUGGCAAAGUGGAGAUCAUCGCCAACGACCAGGGCAACCGCACCACGCCCAGCUACGUGGCCUUCACGGACACCGAGCGCCUCAUUGGGGACGCUGCCAAGAACCAGGUGGCCAUGAACCCCACCAACACCGUCUUCGAUGCAGCGCGAUCUGAUUGGCCGGCGCUAGAUGGACCUGUGGUGCAGUCAGACAUGGAACAGCUAUCAGUACUCUUGCCCAGGUGGAUCAUCGAACGACGGGGCCGGCCCCAGGGUUUUUUUGGGAAGUUUCCCCGGGGGGAGUACAAGGGGGAGACCAAGACCUUCUACGCCGAGGAGAUCUCCUCCAUCGUGUGCUCACCAAGAUGAAGGGAGAUCGCUGAGGCUUACCUGGCAAGGACGGUCACCAACGCAGUCAUCACCGUGCCGGCCUAUUUCAACGACUCCCAGCGCCAGGCCACCAAGGACGCCGGCACCAUCGCCGGGCUGAACGUCCUGCGCAUCAUCAAUGAGCCCACGGCCGCUGCCAUCGCCUAUGGGCUGGACAAGAAGGUGGGCGGCGAACGCAACGUGCUGAUCUUCGACCUGGGCGGGGGCACCUUCGACGUCUCCAUCCUGACCAUCGAGGACGGGAUCUUCGAGGUGAAGUCCACGGCGGGCGACACCCACCUGGGGGGCGAGGACUUCGACAACCGCAUGGUCAACCACCUGGUGGCGGAGUUCAAGCGCAAGCACAAGCGGGACGUGACGGGCAGCAAGCGGGCGGUGCGGCGCCUGCGGACGGCCUGCGAGCGGGCCAAGCGCACCCUCAGCUCCUCCACCCAGGCCUCCAUCGAGAUCGACUCGCUCUACGAGGGGGUGGACUUCUACACGGCCAUCACCCGCGCCCGCUUCGAGGAGCUCAACGCCGACCUCUUCCGCGGCACGCUGGAGCCCGUGGAGAAGGCCCUGCGGGACGCCAAGCUGGACAAGGCCCAGGUGCACGACGUGGUGCUGGUCGGCGGCUCCACCCGCAUCCCCAAGAUCCAGAAGCUGCUGCAGGAUUUCUUCAACGGGCGGGAGCUCAACAAGAGCAUCAACCCCGACGAGGCCGUAGCUUAUGGCGCCGCAGUGCAGGCUGCCAUCCUCAUGGGGGACAAGUCAGAGAACGUGCAGGACUUGCUCCUGCUUGAUGUCACUCCUCUGUCCUUGGGCAUCGAGACAGCCGGCGGGGUGAUGACCGCCCUCAUCAAGCGUAACACCACCAUCCCCACCAAGCAGACCCAGAUCUUCACCACCUACUCCGACAACCAGAACAGUGUCCUGGUGCAGGUGUACGAGGGCGAGAGGGCUAUGACGAAGGACAACAAUCUGCUGGGCAAGUUCGACUUGACCGGCAUCCCCCCAGCUCCUCGCGGUGUCCCCCAGAUCGAGGUCACCUUCGAUAUAGACGCCAAUGGUAUCCUGAAUGUCACUGCCUCCGACAAGAGCACGGGUAAAGAGAACAAGAUCACCAUCACCAACGACAAGGGCCGCCUCAGCAAAGAUGACAUUGACCGAAUGGUGCAGGAGGCAGAGAAGUACAAGGCGGAGGAUGAAGCUAAUCGCGACCGGGUGUCAGCUAAGAACUCCCUCGAGUCUUACACCUACAACAUGAAACAGACCGUGGAGGACGAGAAGCUGAAGGGCAAGAUCAGCGACCAAGACAAGCAGAAAGUGCUCGACAAAUGCCAGGAGGUGAUCACCUGGCUUGACCGCAACCAGAUGGCCGAGAGAGACGAGUACGAGCACAAACAGAAAGAGCUGGAGAAAAUCUGCAACCCCAUCGUCACCAAACUGUACCAGGGAGGAGCCGGCCCAACCGGUGGCGCCGGGGGACCAACCAUUGAAGAAGUGGACUAGACUGGACUGAACUCUGCACUGUUCAGGGACAGUUAUUUUCCCAUUCUCAGUUUUAUUUUCGUUCCUAACCUUAAAAAGUCAGUGUCAAUAACAGUUUAUUCUGUUUGGGUGUGCAUAGAAGCAGAUCUUUCUCAGCUUCCUAUGUGCUUACAAAGAGAAGGCAGUCCAGCUUGAUAAGGUUAGUAGCAAUAAGUUUUUGUUAACUGAGAUGCAAACGAUAGUAUUCUGGAUGUUGUCUUUAGCUGUUCAGUGUCUUCUCUGAAGUGCCCGCUUGAUCGUUAUUGUUGACAAACAUUUCAAGUUUUGAAUGGAGACUGUUUGUUUACCAAACGCUUUAAAAUAUAUUUGCCGGUCUAGCAUCUGGAAACUUUGGUAAUAAAAUAAAAAUAUUUAAA